AAGAAGCACACAUUUCUUGAAUAAUGUGGAUUAUGCUGUGAAUGUACAGAACCUCCUCCAGUCCUAUCAUGGCCCACACAUCUUAGAACGGCAAAAGCAUGAACAACCUGCCGAGUCCUUCACCUGCCAACUGGUUCAAAUCUCUACGAAGGACCAGGUUAGGCGAGCCGUGCUUGAAGACGUACCCUCCGCAGUGCGAGGAUCUGCUUAAGAGAGCCCGGGUGUCAUUCCAAGCCAAGCGCAGCAUCAAGGAGAACUUCAGGCUGGCCCAGUUGGAAGCUUUGUUGCGAAUGCUGGAGGAACACGAGUGUGAUUUUGUGGACGCUCUUGGAAGGGAUCUUCACAAGCCACGAUUUGAGACGAUUGUGUCAGAGUUGAUUCCGAUAAAAAAUGAGGCUCUUCAUGCCAUUGACAACCUCAGGAAGUGGAUGCAGCCACAGCAUGUGGAAAAAAACCUGUCCACCAGUCUGGAUGAGUGUCUUGUGGUAAACGAGCCCCUGGGGGUUGUGUUUAUCAUGGGGACCUGGUGCAGUCCAGUCCAAAUGUGCCUGGUGCCACUGGUGGGAUCCAUUGCGGCAGGCAACUGUGCUAUCAUCAGUCCUUCGGUGUGCACGGCUCACACAGCAGCGCUUCUCCAUCGUCUCAUCCCCUCCUACUUGGACAAUGAAUGCUUCCAUGUAAUUCUUGUAGGCACCAAUGACUUGGCCGACAUUGUGGAACUUAAAUUUGAUCAUAUCUUUUUUUCUGGAACCAGAGAGGAAGGAAUUCGAAUUUCUCAAGCUGCAGCACAGUGUUUGACACCUGUCACCCUCGUUCUGGGUGGGAAGAACCCAUGUUACGUAGACCAACAUUGCGAUGUUACCAUCGCAGCCCAACGCAUUGCUUGGGCCCGAUUUCACAAUUCCGGGCAGAGCUUGGUUGCCCCCGACUACAUUCUGUGCCAUUCGGAGGUAAAAAACCGUCUGGUCCAGGCACUCAAGUGCUGCCUGAUGCGGUUCUAUGGUCCUGAUGCCAGAGAAUCCAGCAGCUUCUGCCGCAUGGUCAAUCUGGACAUCUUUAACCGUACGAAAGACUUGUUAUGGCGAUCUGGCAAGGUGGCUUCGGGUGGACAGGUGACAGAGGCAGAGAAGUACAUUGCCCCAACAAUUUUGAUUGAAGUGGAUGAGUCGGACCCCAUUAUGCAACAAGAUAUUUUUGGCCCGGUUCUUCCAAUUCUCUCUGUGAACAAUGUGGAUGAAACGAUUGCCUUCAUCAACAAACGAGAGAAACCCCUCUGUGUGUAUGUGUAUUCCAACAACAGCAAGGAGAUCACAAGAGUCAUGACUGAAACUUCUAGUGGAAGCUUUUGUUCAAACGACAGCAUCCUGCAGAGUCUGAUGGUUACCAUUCCUUUCGGUGGAGUUGGUGCCAGUGGAUUUGGUUCCUUCCAUGGCCGCUACAGCUUUGAUACAUUCUCUCAUAGGAAGUCAUGUCUGCUAAGAAGCACACGCUUGGAAUGUGUCACUUCUCUGCGCUAUCCACCCUACGAUGACCGCAAUUUGUCCCUCAUAACGUGGGGGAGCAGUCUCUCCUGGAAGAGCCAGGGCUGGUGCCAAAUCUUGUGAUUUGUGUGGACGUGUCAAACUGGAACCACAUUUCUAUUUAAACCUCUAUCAUUAAUUUAAGCACAAAAUCCAGCGAGGAAAAAAUGGGAAAUUGAUUAAAGUUGACGUGCAGUAACUGAAUAUUUGCAGAAGAUUAAUUCCAAUACUUAAAUGAGGAAAGUGGAUGUCAAUUUUGAAAAGUUGUGUAUUCUCACUGAAUGUAUAUAAAGAUUAAUCGAAAUCAAAGUUUUGAUUUUAGGUAUAAUUAAAAAUAAAUUGCACAUGAA